UAGUGUUUCUGUGACUAGUGAAAGAAAUGUUAUUAAGAUCAAUUAUCCUGUUGACCCAAAAUCAUCUAAAUCAGGAACUGUGGAAACUAUUCAAACUCGCAAGGAAGAAGUAAGACAAGGUGAUGCAUGA